CCGGUAUAAAAGCACGCACACGAGCGUCCCCGUCCUAUUCAGAUAACUGCACCACCUUCAGCUUGAGCAUCUAGCGAUCGGCCGUAUAUAUUAAUUGUGAAAAUGAAGAAGAUAUUGGUGAUCGGUUGCGGUGCUAGCGGCUUAUCGGCGAUUAAAGCUUGCUUGGAUGAAGGUCUGGAGCCUGUUUGUCUGGAACGCACAGACGAUGAAGGGGGACUGUGGAAUUACCAGGAGCAGAUUCGUGAUGAUCAAGGCACAGUUAUGAAGAGCACCAUCAUUAACACCAGCAAGGAGAUGAUGUCCUACAGCAAUUACCCUAUGCCAGCCGAAUACCCAAACUUUACUCAUAACUCUCAGGUUAUGGAGUACCUGAGGAGUUACAAGACGAACUUCGGCCUCCAAAACUACAUACAGUACAACAAGGAAGCCAUGUUGGUCAAGCAGGCCAGCGACUUCGAGUCAACAGGAAGAUGGGAUGUGAAAAUUGUUGAUCAUAAAACCGGAAGUGAAGAGCAGGUGCAGUUUGACGGGGUUCUGGUGUGUACUGGGCACCAUGCCAAGAAAAACAUACCCGAGUUCCCAGGACAGGAUGUCUUUAAAGGAAAGGUCAUGCACUCACAAGACUUCAAGCAUGCGAAAGGUUGGGAGGACAAAAAUGCGGUGGUCAUCGGAAUUGGAAACUCGGGAGUCGACACAGCAAAUGAAUUGUCUCGUGUGGCCAACAAGGUGUUUAUAAGCACCAGGCGAGGUACGUGGCUUAUCCCGAGAAACAUGGACAAUGGACUUCCGUUUGACAUCGCCAGAACUACCCGGAUGACCAACUGGGUUAACCAGAACAUGCCAAUUGCUAUAUCCACUGGCUUGGUGGAAAACGAGCUUAACAAGAUGUACGAUCACAAGCUUUACCGCCUCAUGCCCACCCACAGGUUCAACGCCCAACACCCUAACAUGAGCAGCGAUCUGCCAAUGAACAUAUCGACAGGAAGGGUCGUCAUCAAAGGGGACAUUAAGAGGCUCACGAAAACAGGAGUCGAAUUUAAGGAUGGAUCCUCUGUGGACGAUAUUAGCCUCAUCGUCUUGGCAACGGGUUACAAAAUUGGAUUUCCCUUCAUUGACAAGUCUGUGAUUGACGUAAAGGACAAUAAGGUGGAACUGUUCAAGUAUAUGUACCCACCUGAUCAAAAGAAGCAUACACUGGCCAUCAUUGGCGGAAUUCAACCGCUGGGUGCCGUCAUGCCGAUAUCAGAACUUCAAUGUCGCCUAGCAACGAGGGUCAUUAAGGGCCUGAAAACCCUGCCAUCCAGGGAAGAUAUGUGGAGCGACAUCCGCAAGAAACAGGAUGCGAUGAGUUCACGUUACGUCAACAGCCAACGUCACACUAUCCAAGUAGACUACGUCGACUUCAUGGACCAAAUAGCGGAAUUAGUUGGCUGCAAACCAAACCUGUGGUGGUACCUGUUAACCGACCCGGUGUUCGCAUUCAAGUGUUACUUUGGCCCGUGUACACCUUACCAGUACCGUCUUCAAGGGCCCGGCAAAUGGGCCGGGGCCAAGGAAGCCUGUGAGAAGACAAUGGAUCGUGUAAGGAAACCAUUCGAAACGAGGCCACUUCCGGAAGGGCUAGACAGCGGCGCCAGCUGGACAUCCGCCAAAAUGCUAUGUCUCUACGUCGUGCUAUUCGCGUUUCUGUUGAAAUUCUUCUUGUUGUAAAUAUGCCCCAGGAAUUGCAGGGCCCGGCAAAUGGGACGGGGCCAAGGAAGCCAGUGAGAAGACAAUGGAUCGUGUCAGGAAACCAUUCGAUACGAGUCCACUUCCGGAAGGGCUAGACAGCGGCGCCAGCUGGACAUCCGCCAAAAUGCUAUGUCUCUACGUCGUGCUAUUCGCGUUUCUGUUGAAAUUCUUCUUGUUGUAAAUAUGCCCCAGGAAUUGCACGUUUCCUACUGUUAAAGUUUUUCAUGCUUUGAAUUUGUAAUGACCUUGGAGUCUUCACCGUAUUUUGGAAUACUGAAACAAUGUCGCAGAGCAAUGGAAGUGACUUUUGUUAAACGCUGAGGUAAAAAAUCACCAACCUUUACACACCAAACUCAGGUUUAAUCGCGGCCAGUUACACCACGCUGAGUGGAUAGCCUGUAACAAACAAAUCAGGUCAAGUUCAAGGUCGGUUUGGCUGCGGAGAGAAGUUGGAUGGGUGACUGUUUUCGGCAGCUGGACACCUCAGUUUCUAUGGGUUCAGUUCUACCCCACACCGAAGCAUUUGCAGCUCAGGUGGUGUCGCUUUAGGCAAAUGACUGUUUGAAAAUCUACCUCUUAAACCAGUAGUAGAAUAGGUACCGGAAGGAGAAGAUGUUAAUGUGAUCGUUAACCUUCUAGCGCAGCUUAGUAUACACCUCAGGGAGCUGAGAAUGAGUGAAUGAGUAUGGUUUUACGCCGCUUUUAGCAAUAUUCCAGCAACAUCACGACGGGGACACCAGAAAUGGGCUUCACACGUUGUGCCCAUGUGGAGAAUCGACCCGGGCCUUCGGCGUGACGAGCGAACGCUUUAACCACUAGGCUACCCCACCUCUCUGCUGACAAUUUGAAUCCGUUAACCAGGGUAAUAAUGUUGGAGCAUUCUUCGAAGUAUCAGCCUUGUACAGUACCACUGUUCACGUUAUUUGUAUUAUUAAUGUUAAUAUUGUUAUUAUUGUCGUUGUUGAUGUUGUUGUUGAUGCUGGGAACAAUGUACAUGGUGUUGCAUUACCAAAACGGUUGUUCACCGGCAACAUUACACAAUCUACACGCUCAAAAAAAAUAAUAGAAACGCUGGCUGAAUUCAAAUAUAUGUGAUUUUUCAUUCAGUUCAUAUAAUCAUGUAUCAGAUUGCCAAAUGCACCAUUUCGUUAAGAUUUAAUGUUUGAUUAUCUUAAUAUUGUUAUUUAGAUUUCUGUCAACAAUAAACUGAUCUUUACCCAGAGGGGUAUUGUGUCAAAGUAAAAUGUCUGAUUUUGAUGAGAUCAGUUAUUUGUCAUUGUAAUAAUGUAAUGGCGAUGGGGGAUAGUGAUCACUCUUGUAGUGUAGUGUCAUUUGCCCAGUGCCGAUGGACAUAAGUGUUUUAUUACUCAGAUAUAAAUUAGAGUUUGUGAAAGAGCUUAGUAACUAUACCUCGUGAUGCGCCUUAUAUGACCUAUAUUUAUAUAUUUGAACACCUUAUAUGUUUUGUUACUGAUUUAAGAAUAAAACAACAUUGGUAAAGA